AUGGCCACUACUAGUGAUGACACAAUGUCUUCUAAUUAUAACUACCGAUACUGGGAUUUUCAGCAAGAUCACAUUCUCUUUAAGUAUAAGAAACUUGUCGAUGACUUGCCUGUCUCUGCCAAAACCAAGGGUUUUAUAAUGGAGUUUCGAUAUCAAGAAAAGCUUCAACGUCAGUAUCAGCCCUACAACGACACUCGAUUGUUGCAUUCUUCAACUGAACUAGUCUACGUUAAAGGUAGGGCUUCACAUUCUAAGAUCGCCAUGGAACAAAUCUUGUGCCCUAGACUUUGUUUAAUGGGUAUACCUCAAGAAGACCACGAGAGAUUAGUGCAAGAAACCCUUUGUUCCACUAGCAAACAUGGAUAUAAAAAAGCUGCUGGGCCGGUCCCCAUUGUUGUGGAGAUUGUGUUGUUUAGUGUUGUGAAGGAUAAGGGUCAGGAGGAGAAGGUGAUGGAUUUGUCCAGGGAGAGAUCAAUGAAAAAUCAAAGAUUCAAAUCGGUGCCAGUAAUAGGUAAAUAUGGUAGAUUCGUUAAGGGAUUGAAGAAAGUAGGACUUGUGUACGAGGAUAUGGAUGUUUGUGGGAUAUGUCUGCAAAGACUAGAAGACAAGCUUUUCGGGGCAACUUGGUUGCCAUGUUCACAUGCCUAUCAUGGAUCUUGCAUUGGCAAGUGGUUUGACACCAGUCCUUCUUGCCCUACUUGCCGCUUCCAAUUCACUGAAGGUCGAAGUUCUUGA